AUGGGGAAGGUGAAUCAAUCGGUGUUCUCCGACUUCAUCCUUGUGAGCCUCUUCAGCAGAUCAGGUUCACAUGAAUUCCUUUUCUCCCUGGUGGCUGGCAUGUUUAUCAUUGGCCUUCUGGGAAACACUAUUCUCCUCUUUUUAAUCCAGAUGGACUCCAAGCUCCACACACCUAUGUACUACUUGCUCAGUCAGCUUUCCCUCUUAGAUGUUUGUUUCCCUCUGAUCACUAUACCCAAGAUGGUAUCAGACUUCCCUAAGAAAGAAAGUUUGAUUUCCUUUGGAGGUUGUGCAGCACAAAUAUUUUUCCUGACCAUGAUGGGUGUGGCUGAAGGAGUCCUACUGGCCCUUAUGUCUUAUGACCGCUACGUGGCAGUGUGCCGUCCCCUACAGUACCCUGUACUCAUGAGACAUCAGGUGUGCCUGUUUAUGGUGGCCUCUUCCUGGCUAGCAGGUGUGCUCAAUGCCUCCAUCCAGACUUUCAUCACUCUGAGCUUCUCCUACUGUGCCUCUCGAGUUGUAGACCACUUUUUCUGUGAGGUGCCAGCCCUGCUAAAACUCUCCUGUUCAGACACCUCCAUAUAUGAGUUGGCGCUGUCCAUCUCUGGGGUGCUGAUCCUCAUGUUCCCCCUUUUGCUCAUCAUUACCUCGUAUGGCCAAGUUUUGAGGGCUGUCCUACACAUGCACUCACAGGAAGCCCGGAAUAAAGCCUUCACUACCUGCUCUUCACAUAUCACAGUCGUGGGACUCUUUUAUGGUGCAGCAGUGUUCAUGUACAUGGUACCUGGUUCGUACCACAGCCCACAUAAGGACAAUAUGGUCUCCCUUUUCUAUAGCCUUGUCACCCCUACUCUCAACCCUCUCAUCUACAGCUUGAGAAACCGAGAGGUGCGGAUUGCUUUGCUAAAAGUGAUCCACAGGCUUGGACACAGACAAAAGUGA